AGAGGGACGUUUUUUUGCCGUGGCACUGUUGUUGUCAACAUUUUGUCCAGUCGUACAUGUCGAAGCUGUCUGCUGAAUAAUUACAAUUUACAGAAUGACAGAUGGUCCAGAAACGCCGCCUAACUAUGAGGAGCAGUUUGCCCACCGGUUCUCUCUCGAGGACCCGGAGUACCAACAGUACCUGAGUCGCCCCGCCAACCCCCCGCCACUGGUAGAGGACUGGGGGGGGCGUGGAGGUGGAAACAACCGGGGCAGAGACAGCAGAUCACAGGACCGUGGCGGGUACAGGGGCCGGGGUUGGGGAGGGGACAGGGGCCGGGGUUGGGGAGGGGACAGGGACCACGGGGGAGACAGGGACCGCGGAGGGGAUAGGGACCGCGGGGGAGACAGGGACCGCGGAGGAGACAGGGACCGCGGAGGGGAUAGGGACCGCGGGGGAGACAGGGACAGGCGUUACGGCCAGGGUGGUGGUGGGCAUCAGUCUGGAAGAUACAACUCCUACAACCAGAGACCAUCACAUUACGACCGCUACUGAACUCCUCUUACUGUGGAGUGACCCCAUUCACAUCACCCCGGGGCUCUCCAACCCUGUUCCUAGAGGGAGACCCUCCUGUAGGUUUAAACUCCAACCCUGUUCCUGGAGAGAGACCCUCCUGUAGGUUUAAAUUCCAACACUGUUCCUAGAGGGAGACCCUCCUGUAGGUUUAAACUCCAACCCUGUUCCUAGAGGGAGACCCUCCUGUAGGUUUAAACUCCAACCCUGUUCCUGGAGAGAGACCAUCCUGUAGGUUUAAACUCCAACCCUGUUCCUGGAGAGAGACCCUCCUGUAGGUUUUCACUCCAACCCUGUUCCUGGAGAGAGACCCUCUUGUAGGUUUAAAUUCCAACCCUGUUCCUGGAGAGAGACCCUCCUGUAGGUUUUCACUCCAACCCUGUUCCUGGAGAAAGACCCUCUUGUAGGUUUAAAUUCCAACACUGUUCCUAGAGGGAGACCCUCCUGUAGGUUUAAACUCCAACCCUGUUCCUAGAGGGAGACCCUCCUGUAGGUUUAAACUCCAACCCUGUUCCUGGAGAAAGACCAUCCUGUAGGUUUAAACUCCAACCCUGUUCCUGGAGAGAGACCCUCCUGUAGGUUUAAAUUCCAACACUGUUCCUAGAGGGAGACCCUCCUGUAGGUUUAAACUCCAACCCUGUUCCUAGAGGGAGACCCUCCUGUAGGUUUAAACUCCAACCCUGUUCCUGGAGAGAGACCAUCCUGUAGGUUUAAACUCCAACCCUGUUCCUGGAGAGAGACCCUCCUGUAGGUUUUCACUCCAACCCUGUUCCUGGAGAGAGACCCUCUUGUAGGUUUAAAUUCCAACCCUGUUCCUGGAGAGAGACCCUCCUGUAGGUUUUCACUCCAACCCUGUUCCUGGAGAAAGACCCUCUUGUAGGUUUAAAUUCCAACCCUAUUCCUGGAGAGAGACCCUCCUGUAGGUUAAACUCCAACCCUGUUCCUGGAGAGAGACCCUCCUGUAGGUUUAAACUCCAACACCAGGUGUAACUAACCUGAUUCAGUUUAUCAACAAGAUAAUUAUUAGAACCAGGUGCGUUUGACUAGACUCUCCAGGAACAGGGUUGGAGUUGAGACCUACAGGAGGGUCUCUCUCCAGGAAUAGGGUUGGAAUUUAAACCUACAAGAGGGUCUCCCUCUAGGAACAGGGUUGGAGUUUAAACCUACAGGAGGGUAGCUCUCCAGGAACAGGGUUGGAGUUGAGACCUACAGGAGGGUAGCUCUCCAGGAACAGGGUUGGAGACCCCUGCGUUAUUACACACACACACACUGUGGCCGUAGCAGGUCAAUCUGAUCUCUCACCUCUUCCAGAUGUAAUAUUGUAUUGAUCAGUGAUGUCAUGCUCUAAUCCACACGGAACAGGAUUACAACAGUGGUAUUGAUUAUUCCAGCCAGUAGUCUGGGCAUAGAGACAAACUAUUUUUUCUAUUGGCCCUUUUCUAUAGUAGUACCACUAUAUAGGGAACAGGGCUCUGGUCUAUAGUAGUACCACUAUAUAGGGAACAGGGCUCUGGUCUAUAGUAGUACCACUAUAUAGGGAAUUGGGCUCUGGUCUAUAGUAGUACCACUAUAUAGGGAAUAGGGCUCUGGUCUAUAGUAGUACCACUAUAUAGGGAACAGGGCUCUGGUCUAUAGUAGUACCACUAUAUAGGGAAUAGGGCUCUGGUCUAUAGUAGUACCACUAUAUAGGGAACAGGGCUCUGGUCUAUAGUAGUACCACUAUAUAGGGAACAGGGCUCUGGUCUAUAGUAGUACCACUAUAUAGGGAACAGGGCUCUGGUCUAUAGUAGUACCACUAUAUAGGGAAUAGGGCUCUGGUCUAUAGUAGUACCACUAUAUAGGGAACAGGGCUCUGGUCUAUAGUAGUACCACUAUAUAGGGAAUAGGGCUCUGGUCUAUAGUAGUACCACUAUAUAGGGAACAGGGCUCUGGUCUAUAGUAGUACCACUAUAUAGGGAACAGGGCUCUGGUCUAUAGUAGUACCACUAUAUAGGGAACAGGGCUCUGGUCUAUAGUAGUACCACUAUAUAGGGAACAGGGCUCUGGUCUAUAGUAGUACCACUAUAUAGGGAACAGGGCUCUGGUCUAUAGUAGUACCACUAUAUAGGGAACAGGGCUCUGGUCUAUAGUAGUACCACUAUAUAGGGAACAGGGCUCUGGUCUAUAGUAGUACCACUAUAUAGGGAAUAGGGCUCUGGUCUAUAGUAGUACCACUAUAUAGGGAACAGGGCUCUGGUCUAUAGUAGUACCACUAUAUAGGGAAUAGGGUUCUGGUCUAUAGUAGUACCACUAUAUAGGGAAUAGGGCUCUGGUCUAUAGUAGUACCACUAUAUAGGGAAUAGAGCUCUGGUCUAUAGUAGUACCACUAUAUAGGGAAUAGGGCUCUGGUCUAUAGUAGUACCACUAUAUAGGGAACAGGGCUCUGGUCUAUAGUAGUACCACUAUAUAGGGAACAGGGCUCUGGUCUAUAGUAGUACCACUAUAUAGGGAAUAGGGCUCUGGUCUAUAGUAGUACCACUAUAUAGGGAACAGGGCUCUGGUCUAUAGUAGUACCACUAUAUAGGGAACAGGGCUCUGGUCUAUAGUAGUACCACUAUAUAGGGAACAGGGCUCUGGUCUAUAGUAGUACCACUAUAUAGGGAACAGGGCUCUGGUCUAUAGUAGUACCACUAUAUAGGGAACAGGGCUCUGGUCUAUAGUAGUACCACUAUAUAGGGAACAGGGCCCUGGUCUAUAGUAGUACCACUAUAUAGGGAACAGGGCUCUGGUCUAUAGUAGUACACUAUAUAGGGAAUAGGUUGCCAUUUGGGACAUAAUCCGUGCAGCAGAGUCAAAUGUAAUGUUUAAGAUGCUCAUCUUUGCUACUAGUGUGAUGAACUGUGUUGAUGGGCAUGUGGUGCAUUGUGGGGUGAUUCUCUUGUUUUCAUUUAGUUUGUUUGUCUUGACUCCUAAGACAACAUAUUCAGCUGGUCUGGAUGUUGAUACGGUGUCAUUGAAUCAAUCUAAAAAAUGUGUAAUGAAUGAAACCACAUUUGAACAGUCAAUGUAAUCUACUUUCUUACGUCACAAAUAUGCUUAUUCUUUCCAGUUGAAUAUGUGACUUGGAAUUGUAAUCAGUAACACCAUUUUUUUUUUUGGUCUGAAAAAUACAAAUAUAAAAAUUG